GAGUGCAAGUGCUUUGUGGUGCCACGUAAAAUGAACAUUUUGCACGCUUUGUUUUUCCUCGGCGUGCUUUUGCCUGCACUCUCCGACCCCGACCUUCCCCACACCCUUGCCAGAAUCAGCGAAGCUAGAGCUAGAGCAAUCGCAAAUCGUGCAAGACUUCGAGCAAACUCUGCCAGAGUCAUAAAUCAAGUUCGGAAUAAUCAAAAUAGGGCAACUCUCCCCAGUCGUUCAAAACGUCAACAUAUGUCCGAAGAAUACCCUCAGGAUCUUCCUCCACCCCCUCUAGACCAACAUUUUGAUUAUGAAGAACCGACUUUUGUCCAUAUUUGCCCAAUGGAAGACGGCCUGACUAGAAGUGCUGAAAAAUCGGGAGAAGAUUUUCACUUAGUUGGAGAACCUGAACUAAGAUCAAAUGAAGAAAAUCACCUACAACCUGGUUCUUCAUUAAAUAAAGCUCUAGAUGAGUUGAUGGAAGCACGAAGACUACUCGACCGGUUUGAAGCACAAAAUGGAAGAAAUUCGGAACAGAGAGAGGCAGAUGCCCAUCGGUCGCACUUCCACAGUCACCAGCACUCAACCAUUCAUGGGCGUGGACAUUUGCCUUUACCAGUGACCCAAAUUCUGAACCCAGGUUUGCCCAUUUCACAAACUCACGUUGUUACGCCUGGUCUUAACCUAAAUAUACACCAAAAUCAAGGCCUAAAUUCAGGAUUGCACUCUCAUGGGCAUUUCCUCAACCAGGGAGUAGUACCAACACACAUUUCACCUAUUCAUGGAGGCGUGAUAACACACCAAGGAGUAGUACCAUCGCAAAUAACUCCCAUGGGAGUUUUUCAAACUAGUAGCAACCAAAAUUUUCAAAGAGUCGGAAGUACCGCUGAAGAUGCAAGGGAAUCAGCAAUUGAUGCUUUUGACCAAAACGAUGAUAUAAGUUUUUUAGAUCGGGAAAAUUUUAGAGAAGUUAGUCCAACAAUGCAAGAAUUUCAAUCCAGGACACAGGAUUUUAAUGAAGAAUUUCAAGAUAUAAGUCCAGAUAUUGAAGAUUCUGAGCUCAAACAACUCGAAAACGACCUCUCAGUUUUUGAAGAUGGACUUUCUGAGGAACGGAAGGCAAAUCCGACUUUACACAAGAAAAUGAAAUUGAAGCAAAAGUUGAAUCAGAAAUUUAAUAAAGGUUAUCCUAGUUAUGGACCCCCACCACAAUAUUAUAGCCAUUACAAAGAAGCUGAAAAUUCUGAAGAAAUUCCAAGAGAAGCAAGUCCGACUUUACACAAAAAAUUAAAACAAAAAUUGAAUCAGAAAUUCAGUCAAGGUUAUCCAAGUCCUCCACCACAGUACUACAGCCAUUAUCGAGAAGCUGAUGAUGAACUUGCUAGAGAGGCAAAUCCAACUUUGCACAAAAAACUAAAACUGAAACAAAAACUGAACCAGAAGUUUAAUCAAGGAUAUCCCACUUAUGGGUCUCAACCCCAGUUUUAUGGGCACUACCGUGAAGCCGAACCUCAACAAUCAGACGAGUUUCUUCAAAAUUUUGAAGAUAUGAGAGAAGCAAGUCAAAGAGAAGAUGAAAACAACCCCUUUAGUGACACUAUUACUUCCCCUUAUCUUUUCGACGUCCCAAAUCGCCGAUUGACAGAUUACAAACGCUCAGUCGACAAAGACCUUGAUGCCCUUCUUGGAGUCCAACGUCAAAUCAUCGACACGAUGAAAGAAAAAUCCCAAAACGAUGAAGAUUUGGAAUUUUUGACCGACAUUAGCAACAGGACGUUAUCAUCGAUUGAAGACCAGAGAAGAAAAAUUUCCAAGCGUUCAAUUCCAUUGACUCGCUUAAUAAGCGACCCAAAUGUGCGACUCGACGUGCCAAAAACCUUCGAGAAUUUUGGCACAGCUACCAAACACGCUUUUGAGGACGAGAGAGCCCCCAUGUACCAUCUGAAGCAUUUGAUGGGUUCGUCUAAAAACGCCCUGCUUUCGGCAAUGAGAAUCCCGCCACAGAACAUGAUCAUACCAUCGGAUUACGAAAUCGUGAAAGCUUCAGAAAGGGCAACACACAGGUCUAGGGUACGAGACCAAGACGACCCUUUUUCCAAUACUUUUAAAAGGGUUGGUGAAAUGGUAAGGGACAGUAUCCGAUCUGGGCAAGACACAGUCGCCCAUAUUAGCGACGCAGCCCAUGAAGCCCGAAAUAUACUCAACACUGCCCGACACGCAGCCCCAAGACUCAUAAUCCCUUACUCCCAAAUCCCAGCAGUUCAAAAAACAGGAUCACGCAAGGCGAUUUUGAUAACACCCCGAAUUUUGGACUUGGCUGAGGAGCAUUCUGCCCGAAAAUCGAGCGAUUUGAGACCAAACUUCAUCCGUUUGGGACACUUAAUGGACGCUGUGGGAUUCUCCAAACCACAUUCCAAAAAUUUGGAUUUGCAGAAAAUCAUUUUUGAGCCGAGGAGAGUAAACAAGAACAACGAUGACAUCGUCGAAGCUUUAAAUACACUAGAAGAUGCCAAAAUUUCCGUCGGUGCCAAAAACCUACGCGACUUGUUGCUCAAAAUGAAGAACGAACUAACAAACGUCGUGACUGACGAACCCAAAAAGAAGAAACACAAAAGUAAGAAGAAGAAGCAACAAGAAACCAAAGAAAUGGGCAAAUUUAUUGAAAAUUUGUUCGAUGGAACACAAGAAGAAACCAAAGAUGAAAAAGUUGGGGAUAUGAUGCUCUCACCUGAACUACUCCGCCCCUUCAUGGGUCAACCCUCCGAAAACGAUUUGCACAACUACUUGCGGGAAAAUGGGGAUGAAGAUGUGGACCAAAAGUCGCCCAAAAACCAUUUCGAGAAACUCCAGAAUUUCAACCAUAGUAAUUCUGAUUUGGGGUAUGUUUUAGGUGCCAUAAAUCCUCUCAUGUUUGAAAGAAUGUUCAACCAGACGGUCAAGGUCAACAAUUCUGAGCAAAAUACAGAGGAAGAUGGGACUGUUGGAACUGCCAUGACCCUGAAUGGACCCAUGCUGAAACCUUUCAUGGGUCAGGCGCAAGAACACGCAGUUGAGGAUUUUUUAGACACUUAUAAUGCUGACCCAAACGACGAUUACGUUGAUGUAGUAGACGAGUAGUUUUUUAAAUUUUUUAUUCCCAUUAUUUAUACAUUUAGUUUUUUACAAAAAAUGUUAGUUAGUAAAUCUGAUUCUGUUGUAAGUCGUGUAACGACUGUUUUGAUAUGGUGGUCUUGGUCUUCUGUAAACUGGAGCUGUAAAAAAUAAACUAAUU